AAGACCGCAUGGACGGUGUUGAAAGAUUACUUUCAUCUACUCCUUUCCCUCGGUGAAGGAACUCUGACAACAGACACACUUAAAAGAGCAGAAAUGUUUGUUUGCAGAAUCUACAAGAAAAACGUACCAUCCGUGGAUAUGGCUCGAUUUCUGCUAUGUGCUAAGGCUGGUACUCCAGAUAAACUUCCACCAACAAGCGACGCCUUGAAGUACCAUAUAAUGAGAGCUCAUUAUCAGGCUAUGGUGUGGCGACAGGCGCAUUGUCUAAACCAAAUUCUGCCUAAGCCUGAGAAAUCUGGUUGGAAACUUAUGGAUGACAAGCUGGUUCCAGUCCUGAUGACACUUGACCCAAAUCCGAAAGCAUGUGUGGAGAUGAUUACAUGUAAGUGCACCACUGGUUGUGCAACUCUGCGGUGCAAGUGCAAGAAAGCAAAUAUUGUGUGUUCCGGACUAUGUUGCUGCGGCAAAUCGGAGAACGACUUGUGCAUUAAUAAGCUACCAUAG